CACAGCGUAGCACCGGGGAAGGUGAGCUGACUGACAGUAUAGUGCAGGAGAAACAUUAAAGUAAGUGCUCGCUACUUUUUCUUUAAACCGUCUCCAUGAACAACCUGAAUGAUCCUCCUGGAUGGAAUAUAAGGCCAGAGGGUCCUGAUGGGGGGAAAUGGAACUAUGCGCUCCUAGUGCCAAUGCUUGGCCUUGCAGCUUUUCGUUGGAUUUGGACCCGUGAGGCACAGAAGCAGAUCCAAGAAGCAAAAAGCCAAUUUGAUGGAGACGUAGCUGCCAUUUCCAAAGACCUAGAGCUGAAGUAUAAAGAGACACUAAUAGAGAACCAGCGCAGGACUGUCAACCUGGAGCUGGAGCUAGAGAAAGCUCGGCAGCGAGUAGAGGACAACAGGAAGUACAUGACCGCACAGUGCCAGAAACUCUUGGAGGAGCGCAAACAGCUUCAGAAAGAACGAGAUGAUCUAGAGGAGGAGAAGAAACGUGCCCUGAAUACUGGAACAGCUGGAUUGGCACUUCAUGCAGCUCUACAACAAGAGGAGGAAAGGCAGAAAAGGGCUCAUGUUUUACUACAGGACGUGGAGCAGCAACUAAUGGAGAGGCAGGAUGCGUUCUGCAGCCUCCUCCUGCCCAGGGCACAGAGAAUGGAGAUGGAGAGCGACCUGCUGCUCAGGGUGGCCAAAGACCCAGCUGGAGCUGAACUAGGUUUGGUAGAUGGUAUCCGGGACAUUUUUAAAAAUGAUAGGCACUGCGCAGGCAUGACAAAUAUGGACAAGAGAAAAAAUGGGCAGCUGAUGUGGCUGUAUCUUAAGUACUGGAGGCUGCAGGUUACACUGCAGAAAUAUAGGAGAGUAGAGGAACGGUUGAAAGGGUCACUUCCUCAUGUCAAGUGAACAAUAAACAAAUAACGUGCCAUUAGUUUUUAAACCCAUGUGAUGCCAAUAGUGUGUGGCAGUUGUCAUGGCUUGCACUAAAACAUGUCUAUACAGAUGAGUGACAAAUUAAAGGAAAAUAAAUGGGCCCACCAUGUUACUGGGAUCCACACGUCCCCUUCGAGCAAAGCAUGUAUUUAAAUCCAUAUAGAGCUCUUCUAACUGAUCACAUUAAUCCUGUGAUUAUACCUUUAUCCCACCUUUAGUCUUUCCCCAUCCACACGGGCACAAGGACAUGCAGUAUAGUUGAUAAAUUAAUUUAAGUAUUGAGAGAAACACAAACCUCUCUUGCACUGCUUUCUCCUCCACCAUCACCACCAUCACCACCAUCAAAACAUGUGUAUGAAAACUUCUGGAAAGAAUACUCUUCUUCACGUUGGUGCAUUUCCGAACACUUGACGCAUCUACAAGAUGUCAUUGUAUUGAGGGUGUUUUGAUUUUAAUUACGCCAUGAAGUCCUUUAAUUUGUCACCCACCUAUAGUUUUUUUCCCCUUAUUUUUUCUUGUAUUUGGGAUGAGAUUACUAAAUCUACUGACAAUCAUUUUUAAAUAUUGUUGCUUCUGUAAGUGGUAAUUAUGUUUUCUGUUAUUCAGCAUGAAAUUAUAGCUAUUUCAUUUGAACUGAUGUAAUGAUAAAAAUAAUAAAGAUGGUUGAAUUCCAAUUAAAA